AUGAAUUUGAUGCGCAAAUUGCGUGGGUCGUCCGCCUCAACGUCGGCGGAGCCCGAAGCUGCAAGCUCUCACAUCCAGCUUGGUUUGAUGCACCUGAAAAAGUUGUUUGCAGAGUACACCCAUCCUCCUCAACCGCUUACGGACGCUGAAAAAGAUGAUAAACUUUACAACAUGCUACCAUUAUUCUGUAAGGUGUUUGGUGCUAGUCCUUCAACAGAAAUGAAUGAAAAAUUUUGGGAUAUUUUAUCAUUUUGUCAACAAGUAUCAAAGCUGAUGGUCUCAGAAAUAAGAAAAAGAGCCAGCAAUCAAAGUACUGAAGCAGCUAGUUGUGCUAUUGCAAAAUUUCUGGAAAUAGAGAAUUCUGAAGAAUCUAGUAAUGGAUGGAUGCUCUUGUCAACAUUAAAUCUUUUAGCUGCGGGUGAUCAAUCUUUAAUACAGGUGAUGACAACAGCCGCAAUACCCUCAACUUUGGUGAAGUGUCUAUACUUGUUUUUUGAUCUCCCUGAAAUACCAGAAUCAGAGGCUGAUGUACAUGAUGAUGCUAGUGAAUUUACACCAAGAGAAAGAAGAAUAUUGUUGCAAAAGAUAUUUGUUCAGGUGUUAGUGAGAUUGUGUAGCCACCCAUUUCCUUGUGAGGAAUUGGCAAGGAAGGACGACCUGAGUCUACUCUUCUCAGCAAUUACGUCGUGGUGCGCUCCACAUAAUAUGAUGUGGAGGAAAUCUGCCGCUGAGGUCUUGAUGACUUUAUCACGACAUGGCUUAACACAAUCUGUAGUACAAUAUAUUCAUAAUAAAGGAUGCGUUGGAUUGUGUAUAGAAAACAUGCAAAAAAUACCGGAACUAACACCCCUAGAGGUGGUCGAAAUGUUCGUUGCCGUAUUCUGUUUUCUGAAGGACUCCAGUGACGUUAGUCAGUUAUUGUUAGACGACUUUCGUUCGUGUCAAGGAUACCUCUUCCUUUCAGAAUUUCUAUUGAAACAUGAGAGACAAGAUGUACCUGAUUAUUUGACGUCAGGGUUGGAAGAGGAACGUGUAAGUGGUACGGAAGCAAAAGCGGCGCUGAGGAAUCUUGUUCUGAUGAUAUCCUCGCUCUGUGCUUGUGGCUUCUCGGAGCUGCGUCCCACCAGAGCCAACACUGAACUAUUUCAGCUUCAAGGCUUUGUUCUGCCACAGCCUUCUACGCCUGGACAGGCUGUGAGGAAUGUUCAGGCCUUUCAGGUACUACAAUCCGUCUUCUUAAAAUCGAAUUCGCCGGCUCUUUGUUGUACGAUCCUAGACGCCAUCUCUAGCGUAUACCACGCGGACAACGCCAAUUAUUUCAUACUGGAAAAUCAAAACACACUCAGUCAAUUCUCAGAAAGGAUUCACACGAAAAACGCUGAGAUACAAGAGAAAUUUUUCGAGUUGCUCGAAUUUAUCGUUUUCCAACUGAACUUCGUGCCAUGCAAAGAGUUGAUUUCCUUGUCGCUGUUGUUGAAAGCGAAUAGAUCGAGAAGCUGCAGCAUUCUUUGUAUCAAGACAUUGUUAAAUAUUCUCAAGCACAACGCAAUUUUCAAGGACGUGUACCGAGAGGUCGGUAUGUUAGAAGUGUUCGUUACGUGUCUAACACGUUACGCGGUAUAUCUUAAAGAUAAACAAAUACUUGAAGAGGAAUUGGAAGAAAAAGAGAACAGAAAGAAUCCGAUAGAAGCGCAAGUGAAUCCCCAAAAGCUCCAGAAAGGAAAAAGCGUCAAUCGAGACAGGAUUCCUUGA